AACAUAAGUACUUUUAAUAUUGAUGUAUCAAGAAGGGAAGUAUGUGGGUUUUCGACGUGGCAGCUCGUCAAGUAAGCUUACUUAUCAAGAGCAAGAUGUUCUUAUCGUCAAUGUUCAUUGCAUUUCUAGAGGUAGAAAAUCCACAUGAAGGUUUCAAUAAGCUUUGGAAAUCGGUUUUCGCUGCGAACCAUCAUAUGUCACUAGAUCAUCACGGAGUCUAUCUCGAGCAGCAGGACUCAAAGUUCUCGUCUAAUAAUGAUUUGUUGGCGGAAAUCAAGGACGUCAGUGAUGGGAUGUAUGAAGACACUAAGCUGGAAUUUAUGUACUCUAAUAUGAACAUCCAUUAAGACUUUCUUCAGUUUAUAGAAAAAUCUUGUUCAGAUAUUCGUUCAUAGAACAACUUGAUAAUGCCAUGAAGAUGUGGACUUCUUUUGUAGAACCAUGUUUGGUCUUCUUCUUCUUAUUUGGCAUGUAGGAUGCAUAAAUGAUAGCAAACAUAUUGUAGAACUCAACAUCUCCGA